AUGAGGCGAGCAAUUGAUGAAGGGAUCGCGAGGAGGAUGGAGUUGGAGCAAUCACUUGUAGUGGAAGAGGCUCGUCGCCAGGAGGCCGAGGAUGAGAUCGCUCCACUGAAGGAGUCCAACUUGGAGCUGACCGGGAAGCUACAACGGGCGGAGGAUGGCCUGAAGGCGGUGGAUCAGGUUAGGGCCCGGGUUAGUGAGGCUAAAGAGCGCCUGCAAGAGUUAGAAAGGCAAGUCCGGGAUCGCGAUGCCAAGUUGGAGCUUCGCGCCGCUGCCCUGGAGAGUUUGGCACCUUUUCCUGAUCGCGUAGUGGAAUUGGAGGGGCAGGUUGGUACUUUGCGAAGGGAAGUUGACCGUUUACGAGACGUUGAGCUCGAGGCGGGCGAGAGGGAGGCGGAGAUGGAGCGACUGAGGAAUGAGUUAGCUGAGCAGCAGACUCAGGCCAGUAGCUUUGCCGAGGACAGCAUACGCUUGCGCGCCGCCGCUGAGACACAUUUUAACAAACUCCAGAAGGCUAAGCGGGAUGGCGCAGAUAAGGAGGUGGACUUCUAUCUCCUGUCGGACCAUUUUCAAGAGAGGAUGAACAAGGCCUUCUUGGAUGGAGCCCUGCAUUCGAUCCGAGAUGGUAUCACUGCCGGUUGGAUUGAUCAGGAGAAGAUGGUUCGGGAUAUGCAGGCCAAGAAGGAGGCGAGAUCGCAGGCCAGUGCCGCAAGUGGCGAGCGAGGUGCUGGGAUUGUGAUUCGGGAGCAGGCUGUGCCGGAGCAUGUGUCGGGCCAGGCUGACGAUCGCGAGGCAAAGGGCAUUACUGGUGAGCGGGAGGCUUGCGUGAGUACCGAGGGUGAGGUGCGAGGUGAAGAUGUUGGGGAGCGAGGUGGGGCGGGGGAGUGA